CCGCCGCGACCUCCAUGAGCGCGCGCCGCGACGUCGACGCGCGUCACGCGUCGACGUCCGAAAAGGAUUCCGAAAGAAAACCGUCGCGAACGACGACGGCGGACAUCGCGAGCGCGCCGACGUUCCGUCCGACGCUCGAGGAGUUCGCGGACCCGAUCGCGUACCUGUCGUCGAUCGAGGCGCGCGCGCGCGAAGCGGGGAUAUGCAAGGUGAUACCGCCGCGAGGCGCGGCGCCGAGGUGGAACGGCGAGGCGUGGAGGCGAGACGACGCGCGAUUCGAGACGAAAUUGCAGAACGUACACUCGCUGAGCGAGGGAAGGACGUUUCAGUUCGGGAAGGAGUACGCGAAAGGGGAGUACGAGGCGAUGGCGAAGGCGUAUGAGGAACGGUGGGCGAAGGAACGUCCGGACGUCGACGCGAACGACGCGAACGCGCUGGAGCGAGCGUUUUGGGAUAUGGUGGAGACGCGGAGCGAGCAGGCGCGAGUCGAGUACGGGAAUGAUUUAGAUACCAAGAUUUUCGGUACCGGGUUCGGGGUGGACGAAAACGGGGAGAAGCAUCCGUGGGAUUUCGAGCAUUUGUACUCGCAUCCGCUUAAUUUAUUGCGCGUCGUCGAGCACGACAUUCCGGGACUCACCAAGCCUUGGUUGUAUCUUGGCAUGCUUUUCGCCACGUUUUGCUGGCACGUUGAGGAUCAUUUCUUGUGUUCGCUUAACUAUUUGCAUCGCGGGGCGGCGAAGACGUGGUACGGUGUGCCAGGAAGCGACGCGGAGGCGUUCGAGAAUUGCGCUCGGGCGACGGUGCCGCGCCUAUUCGAGCAAGCGCCAGAUAUUUUACAUCAAAUCGUCACGAUCGUCCCACCUGGAGUAUUGGUAGAUCAUGGCGUCAAGGUCGUGCACACGGUGCAACAGCCUGGGGAGUUUGUCGUGACGUUCCCUCGUGCUUACCACGCCGGGUUUUCCCACGGUUUCAACGUCGCCGAAGCGGUGAACUUCGGUCAUGUCAACUGGCUCGAUUUCGGCCGUCGAGCCAUCGACGUGUACAGCACCGGAUCGUUCAAACGCAACGCCGUGUUUGCACAUCAUCGCCUCGUUUCGCGCGCCGCCGAAACCUUCGUCGAAGUUCUGGGUAAGAACGCUCGACUGGUGAAGAGUAAAGCCAUGGGCGCCAUCGUAUCGACGCUUCGCAAGGAGCUCGAAACGAUUUUGAGCGAUGAAGAAAUUUAUCGUGCCUCCCUCGUGCGUCGUGGAUUGAACAUAGAAAUCGUUCAAGCACCUAACGAGGACGACGAUGCGUGCUGUAUUCGCUGCAAAGCGAUGCCGUUUCUCUCCGUCGUGCGAUGCAAGUGUCUACCGACGGCGGUGCGAUGCCUUCGACACGCCAUGGACGCUUGUGAUUGCGCGGCGGGGGAGAGAACCUUAGAGAUUCGCGUGGUUGAUUCACGACUUCGCGAGCUCAUUAAAGCACUGUUCUUCGGUGACGGCAUACAAACCAAGAACGACGCCGCGAAAGCGCGCGUAGAUUUCUCGGCCAAUGUGAACAGAGUCGCCGUCAAUCGAGCGCCGCCGCCCAAGCCGAAAGUCGUCCUUCCAAAGCCGAAAACCGUAAAACCGCCGCCGACGCGAGCGGUACUCGCGUCUCCACCCCCCACGCGCAUCGUCGCAUCGAAAGCCGACGAUGCUUUCACCGCGCGCGGUCUUCCGCGCAAGCGAGCCAAGUGCGAAACCCGGCGGCGCUGGACCGCCGAGAUGGUCGCCGACUUCGAAGUCGCCGUCGAGCGCCUGGGCGGCGUCGACGCGGCGACGGGCAAAAAGCUCGCCGAAGCGUUAUCCGCGCACGACGUCACGCGAGACCAAUGCGCGAGUCGCUUGCAAAAGCACCGCGAGAAAAUCAAAUCAAACGCGGACGCGCGCGCAACCUUCAUGGCGUCCAAACGACCCCGCGGCGACGCCACCGACGCGUCCACGCCUCGAGCGCGCGUCUCCGAGGAAGACGCGCGCGCCCCAGUCUCCCUCAAGUCCCUGCUCGAGCGAUGGAACCUCGGCGACGUCGUAAACACCGCCGGCGUGUCGCGUCGAAUAAAGUGUCGACUCGUCCCGGUGUGUCGAACGAAGGACGACGAGCGCGCGCGCAUCGCUCGAGGCGAGCCGGUGAUAUGCGCGAGCGCAGAGUACGCGUCCGAAGUGUUCGACGCGAUCGGGACGGCGCGCGACGGCCUCGCGUGGGCGACGCGGUCGAGUUUCUCAAACUUUGACGCCGAGCGCGGCAAGGUGGCCAUGCGAAGCGGUUGGGGCGCGCCGGGGACGCACGUGCUGAGCAAUCGAGACAUGACGAUCGUGACGUCGUUCGCCGAGGUCGUCGACCCGGCGAAUGAAAAGCCGCUGAAUUUACAAAUGUUUCAUCGCGAGGACACCGCGGUGCCGGUGUUGUCGAGGAAAUUGAAGUGGCCGAGCGAGGAGGAAUUUUUUGGAAUCGAAGGCGAAGACGCGCCGGGGAGGCUUUUAGACGACGCGACGCGCGUGAGCGCGAGAGGGGCGAUGACGUGGUGGCACUUGGAUGACUGUGGGGAGUUUGUGUGUCAAGUCGGGUUGCCCGAGGCGGGGGAGGCGGCGGAGGACGUGUUGCUCGGGCCGACGGGGAAACCCGUGGUGAAGUUGUUCAUUUUCGCCCAGAGGAAAGACUACGCGUGGGUGGCGCAAGACGCAGAGAUGAAUAAAUCUUACAAAAAUUGCGCACUGGAUCUUUUCGAUACGCCGGAUCAUUAUUAUCCCACGGCGAGCGAGAUGUGCCACCCAUCGAGCGCGCCGCUUGACGUUUCGUCGCCAAAGGCGUUCGACGGCGCCGCGACGAGCGACGACGCCGAAGAUCCAUGUCCAACGUUUUGGGUCGCUCCGCUCGAGGCUGGAGGGCCACCUUUAUUAUCACCUCCCAAUAUCAUACACUGUGUGCUCACCGUACGCGACUGCGUGAUGUGUGAAGAGCGCCGGCUUUCGCUGGCGUACAUGGAUGAAGUGUUGUACUUUCAGCGACGCGCGGCGAGAUGGUGCGAACCACCCAUCUUCUACGCUUUCGUUCGUGAAGAUUUGAGCGACACGGAGAAGGCUAGGUCGAACGCGAUGCGGCCACUCGUGAAGAUGCUGAAUGACUUGAAGCGCGUUGGCGCGACAGACGGCGACGCGUAUCGCUUUGCGCGGUGUUUAACGUCGUUGCGAGUUUUGGCGAAUCAUUCGCCCGAAUUCUACGCACUCGACGCAGAUGGCGUCGCCGAGGCUCGUAAAAGCAUCGACAAGCUCGAGUCUUGGUUGGCUGACGACUCAAACUGUGAGUUCGUCGAGAAAAUUCAAGCCGCGGUAAAGGCGGAUCCGCGAGCGGUGGAGGACGCAGAACUCGCAGAGUCUAUGAUGAGCGAAACACUUGGCGUGCUCAAUCUCGCCGACGGACGAUCGUGCGCCGUCGUUCACGAGCGUGGUCGACCUCGCUGGGGCCCGGUGCGCAACUCCAAGUCGCUCGUAGACAAGGACCGAAAAGAUAUGAAGAAUGCGAUUCGUUCGGGAACGCUCGACGCGCUUCUCCUCGCGUAUCGCCGCGACAUCAUCUAAUCUAGAAACUAGCGA